GCUGCUCGCCCCCUCUCACCGCCCAAAGGGGUGGGAGAGGGGCGACGAGAGGGCGGAAAUAGGCGCGGGCGAGUGUUCUAUUCCUGGGCGCGCGCGCGGGCGCGCAGGGGCCCCGCCGACCGAGUGCCGUGCGCAAAGGCGCCCGCCAGAAGACUAUGCCCUGCGCGCGACGCGCGAACCCCAUUCGAAAUUAUUUCGCGGCGGUAGUCCAGUGGCGGCCAAGUCCUGUGCACGCUCCAGCCAGCUGCCUACCCAACGACAAACCGACAGAAGGUCUAGCAAGUCGUCGAGAUGCCUUUCAAGCCAAUCGAGAACCCGAAGUGCCCUAAGUGUGGCAAGUCCGUGUACGCGGCAGAAGAGAAGGUAGCCGGUGGUCUUAAGUGGCACAAGAUGUGCUUCAAGUGUGGUCUGUGCAAUAAGCUGCUAGACUCUACGAACUGCGCUGAACACGAAGGAGAGCUGUUCUGCAAGGUGUGCCAUGCCCGCAAGUUCGGCCCCAAGGGAUACGGGUUCGGCGGUGGCGCAGGCUGCCUCAGCAUGGACCAAGGAGAACAUCUGCAGCCGGGGGAGGUGAUGGUGAACCACGCCCCUCUGGAGUCCCGGGCCAUCGCCAAGGCCCCGGAGGGAGAGGGCUGCCCGCGGUGCGGCGGCUACGUGUAUGCCGCGGAGACGAUGCUCGCCCGCGGGAGGGCGUGGCACAGGGAGUGCUUCAAGUGCGGCGAGUGUGCCAAGCGCCUGGACUCCACCAACUGCUGCGAAGCUCCCGACAAGAACAUCUACUGCAAAGUGUGCUAUGGCAAGAAGUUUGGGCCGAAGGGCUACGGCUACGGCCAGGGGGGCGGAGCCCUUCAGAGCGACAGCAGCGAGGCUGUCAACGGAGAAUCAAGCGCGCCGCUGACCACGGUCAUCGACACGGCCAAGAUCCAGGCCGCGCCGGGGAAGGGCUGCCCGCGGUGCGGAGGAGUCGUGUACGCCGCGGAGCAAGUCCUCGCCAAGGGCAGCGAGUGGCACCGCAAGUGCUUCAAGUGCCACGACUGCAACCGCACCCUGGACUCCAUCAUCGCCUGCGACGGCCCCGACCGCGACAUCUACUGCAAGACGUGCUACGGCAAGAAGUUCGGCCCGCACGGGUACGGCUUCGCUUGUGGCUCCGGCUUCCUGCAGACGGACGGCCUCACCGAGGAGGAGAUCUCCAGUUUCCGGCCGUACUACGACCCGGACACGACCUCCAUCAAGGCUCCGAAGGGCCAGGGCUGUCCAAGGUGCGGCGGUGCCGUGUUCGCCGCAGAGCAACAGCUGGCCAAGGGCACGAUGUGGCACAAGAAGUGCUUCAACUGCAGCGACUGCCACCGGCCGCUGGACUCCGUGCUGGCGUGCGACGGCCCGGACCGCGAGGUCUACUGCAAGGCGUGCUACGCCAAGAAGUUCGGGCCCAAGGGCUUCGGCUACGGGCACGCGCCGACCCUCGUGUGCGCGGGCGGGGAGCCCAACAUCACGUUCCCUGAGGCCAAGCCCGCGAUGGGGGCGCGCGCCCCGCAGGGCCAGGGGUGCCCGAGGUGCGGCUUCGCCGUCUACGAGGCCGAGAAGAUGAUCAGCAAGACCAGGAUCUGGCACCGCCGCUGCUUCAGUUGCCGGGACUGCAAGCGGUCCCUGGACUCGACGAACCUCAACGACGGCCCGGACCGCGAGAUCUACUGCCGCACCUGCUACGGCCGCAACUUCGGGCCAAAGGGCGUGGGCUACGGCAUCGGCGCCGGCACGCUGACCAUGGCUUGAACCCGACCAGCUACGCAACUCCGCCAAAAAAAAAACCCCACCACCACCAACACAAAACAAAAAAUUCACCCAUGAAGUAACCCUUGUACAGCUUACGUCUAACCUGCAACUUGCUCGUCAAACACAGCCGCCCCACAGUGGGUUGCUGAGAAGUGGUUUACGUUUUAUGUAUUUUUCGUGUUCGUUUUUAACAAAAAUGGUGCUGUAGCUUGAUGUUACUAAUUGUAAACCAGUGAAGUGAGGCUUCCUAGGUAGUAUUUUUAUUUUAAAGUAGGACAAAGCAAGAGUGAUGGAGAAAACAUUUUUGUUUUUUGAAGUACAAACGGCAACCUGUUUAGGUAUGCGCCUUUUUUUUUUUUUCUCUGAAAUAUUUUUUAUAUAGUUAGUGUUAUAAAUUAUUGAAACUGUAAUGAGCUUUGUGUGUGUCGUGAUUGUUUAUGAAACACGUGAACUUGUGUGUGCUGGCCACGUAUGCAAUAUAGUGUGUGUGCGGUGUUGCGUUACGCACUUGACGGAUGAAUAUUCUAGUCAAUUACAAACUAAUAUGGAUGUGUGCUCUUGUACAAUACUUGUAGGUUAGACUAUAUAAUAACAUAAAUUAUGUGCCGUCUCAACCAAAGUUGAUAAUACUAUUUCACCUAAAUAAAUUAUAAAUAAAACUAUAAAUUUUUUUCUGUAAAUAAAUGUGUAUAUACAUCAUAUUUUGAUGAUUGAUUGUAUUCGUUAGUGAUUUUGUAACAAAAGAGCUGAACCUGACUUUUUAUUACAUUUCUUAACAAAAUAAUUUAGUAUAGUACAUUUUUUAUGGGAAGCCCUUUUAAAGUAGUAACAUAAUGUUUUACCAUCUAUUAACUCACUCAUUUGGAUAUCUACAACGUUUAAUCGUCGCCCGAGAUGUUUCGCCCCGGCUGGCAGUGUCUUGGUCACAUCUGGUGCUGUUCGUCGGGUCAACAAAGGGUCAGAGAAUCGCAGUCCGUCGAUCAGUUAUUCGUCCAGACAUGGCAAAGACUCCUCGUAAAGCACCGGCAAUGUUCUCGACCUUCCUCACUCCUCUUUGGCCUCGGUAGACCCAGAGUUCGGAGGCAGGAAGAGUCUACUGCUGGCGAGUGAACUCGAGAUAGGGGAGACCGUCUCCAUUGGCUCUGGACGCAGAGCUCUGGCCCGGACGAUCGCCGUGGCAGUGAGCUGGCCUGUUCUUCCUUUGCCGUGGGAAAGGAAAGGGAGGCAAUAUCAGUUACAGGUGUUUCAAGUAACUCAACCAGGAUCUGCCCCUUUGUUGUGCCUUAAGGGCUCGCCCCGUAGUGCCAGACGCAACUCGUCGGGACGACUGGGCAGGGUCGACUGCUAAUGAAGCAGAGAGAGGAUUCAUGACAUCUGAAUCCUCCAUCGACGGGACUCACAUCAUAGUAUUCCACACUAACAAUAACGUUUCUUUCAUCUCAACUUUUCUCUUCUAUUGACUUCUGUUUUUCUUUUUUUUAUGUUUAUGUUAGUGUAGUUCAAAGAACUAACAAAUUAUUUCUCACAGUGCUCUGCUAUGUACAUGCUGCUUAAUUUAAGUGAUUUUACUAAAAAACUGGUUGUACCUCCACCUGUCUUGUUUGGGUGAAUAUUGUUUUUGUUUUUUUUUGGGGUUCCAACAAAACUACACGCUGUUGACUUGCUAGACCCGACCUUCAUGUUUGUGUACAUCCACGUCACCUCCAGGAGUGCUACGAACUGGUGCAACAGGGUGUUCUGAUCGGCUGUUCGCUCACUGCUACACACAAAGACACCACGUGGUGUCUUUCGCUCUCGAGACGAAGCGCUCUUUACGUCCCGCGUGAAGCAGGUUACCGAGGCUCCAGUUGCUCGGAAUCAUGGCUGUGCAACCACGAGCGUUGUUAUAAUGGACAUUCCCGGAAACAUCUAAUGUUAGCUGAUCAGAACACUUUGUGGAGCAAUGUGGUCAAAGUCUCUCGUGGAAACAAACAGUUCCACUUGAAAAAAAAAAUUUUUGUUUCGCUUAUUACUUCUCUCCUUCGCCCACAUUGGUCCGCCAUCAGUUCGCAGACUCGUCGUCGUCAUCAUCAUCAUCACUUCACGCACCAUUUCAUGAGCUCACAACGAACGACCAGGUCUUGUCUUCGACCUGCGAAUCACUCCUCCCACCACCAUGGCACUUGAAGAAGUCUUAGAUCAAGUUAGUUUUACUGCUCGCUUUAUAUCGCUUGUGAUUGGUCAAUUUGUGAUUAUGGCGUACCUCCGAAGAGGCAUGCUAGUACUGUCUGUUUUAAUGCUUAAAUUUUUUUGCAUUUUUUAUUAUACAAUGAAAUAUUUUAAUAAUUUUUUUUUGUCUAGAAUGUAAUUUAUUGUACAGAAAAUAUGUAUAAAAACCAAAUAAAAUAUCAGUUUAAGAACUGUAUUCUUUAGUGAGUGAUUACUGACUGCAACAUACAAUAGAACUUGAAUAAUAAGUCACUAUUACAAAUUUCAAAAGUACAGUAGAUCAUGUCAAGAACUCAACACAGUUGUAAUGUGCACACUACAAAUGUGAAAUAAAUAAUUAUGAUUGACAAGUUA